GAAAAAUAAUUCGAAGUCUAAUAUCUAAAGUAAGUCGUCGGAGGAACCUUCCAUUUCAUCCCAAGUCAUCGUCUCCUUCAAAUUCGCGGAAUAUUUUCUCCUCCGAAAUCGCGGACCUCCUGUUCUUCUCUCUUCACCAUCAAUUUCAAGGCGUGAUUUGCGGUUUUGCUAGCUGCUGCUUGGAAAACAAGUGGUGGUUUAUUGUUUUGGCUAGUUUUGCGAGUUGGUGUUGAAUUAAGGGGUUUAAAGAUGAGUGAUAACUUGAUGGAUAAGGUGACUUCCUUGGGUGAGCGAUUAAGGAUAAGUGGGUCGGAAGUUGGCAAGAAAAUGAGCGAGGGUGUGAGUUCGAUGAGUUUCAAAAUGAAGGAGUUCUUCCAGGGGCCGAAUCAGACAGAUAAAAUUGUUGAGGAGGCGACUGCUGAGACCCUUGAUGAACCGGAUUGGGCUACCAAUUUAGAGAUAUGUGACAUGGUUAAUCAUGAGAGGAUAAAUAGUGUUGAGUUGAUUCGGGGGAUUAAGAAGCGGAUUAUGUUGAAGAUUCCCAGGGUGCAGUACUUGGCUUUGCUGUUGCUUGAAACGAUUGUGAAGAACUGUGAGAAGGCGUUUUCUGACGUUGCAUCUGAGAGGGUUCUCGAUGAGAUGGUCAAGUUGAUUGAUGACCCGCAAACUGUUGUUAUGAACAGGAAUAAGGCACUUAUGUUGAUUGAAUCAUGGGGUGAAUCCUCAAACGAGCUUAGAUACUUGCCUGUUUUCGAAGAAACAUACAAGAGCUUGAGGUCAAGAGGCAUUAGGUUUCCUGGACGUGAUGAUGAGAGUUUGGCACCCAUAUUUACCCCUCCACGCUCUGUAUCUGAAGCAGAAUUGAAUGCGAGUCUUGAACAGCGUGACAUUCCUGUACAAAGGUUUUCUGCUGAAGGUACUAAAGAAGCAUUUAAUGUGGCACGCAAUACUAUUGAACUUCUUUCAACUGUUCUGUCAUCUUCCCCACAACAAGAUGUGCUGCAGGAUGAUCUUACUACUACUCUGGUACAUCAAUGUCGUCAAUCCCAGUCCACUGUUCAGAGAAUUGUUGAGACUGCUGGUGAUAACGAGGCCCUUCUUUUUGAGGCCUUAAAUGUAAAUGACGAGAUACAGAAAGUUCUCGACAAAUAUGAUGAUAUGAAGAAGCCCCCUUCUGUCCCACCAGCUCCUGAGCCAGCCAUGAUUCCCAUUGCUGUUGAGCCCGAGGAAUCACCACGUGCUGGGAAAGAAGAUGCACUUGUAAGGAAACCAGCAGGAUCCCGAGGCAAUUCUCAUGGAGGACAACACGAUAAUAUGAUGGAUGAUCUUGACGAGAUGAUCUUUGGCAAGAAAUCCGGCACCACUUCGGAGGUUGGCAUUGAGCCAACUAAACCGCAGUCCGCAAAAGACGACCUCAUCUCCCUUUGAGGUUUACAUGUAUGUGAUUGAUGUUGUCUAGUGUUCUUUAUUGGUGAUUGAUGUAUGGACAGUGUUUGAGACAAUAGGAACAAGUUUAUAAAUAUGAUGAUAUAAUCUAUGGCAAUUGACAAGUUUUUUUUUAGUUUUUUUUUUUUUUUUUUUUUUUUUUUUUUUUUUUUUUUUCUGGCCGCUCCUCCUCCUCGGCAAGUAGAUUGGGUUCCAGCAAUCUUGGAUGGGGGUUUUAUUGUGGUUGGCUUUUGGAGCCAGCUACUACAACUAUGUAAUCUGAAGCGUUGAUCAGUCUUUUAAUCUUAAUUGU